UUUAUUUAUUUAUUUGUUUGUUUGUUUGUUUGUUUGUUUGUUUGUUUGUUUGUUUGUUUGUUUGUUUGUUUGUUUGUUUGCUUGCUUGCUUGCUUGCUUGUUUGUUGUUUCUGGAUUUACACUCACUGCUAUUUCAAACUGUUAUAUUUUCUUCCAACUUUCCGAAGGCCCUAAAAAGUUCAACCUGAUUUUACCUGAUAAUUUUCUCAUCCUCAGAUGUGAUUUCACGUGUAUAUGUAAUUUUUGUAUAGAAAUAAAAUCCGUAAAAAGAAUGUGAUGCCUUGUGUACAUACACACCCCCGGACCUUCAAUUCUUUGAGCAAACCAUAUCCAUUUAUUUAUUUAUAUUUUGAUUUAACUUUCUUAUUCCAUUAACAGAUAAUAUUGAUAUACAGGUUUCAUUUCAUUCUUUUUGGUUCCCAUCCACGCGAUCAGUGACGCACUCUCGGCCAUCCACGUUUUCAUCACAUGUGUGCUUUAGCCCAUCCAUGUGUGCCAAGAAACCUAAGGCGGUGGGUUGGGGUAGUCAUGUGAGGCGAUGUGACUCGACCUUUGUGGAUAAUCCUUGCCUUUGAUUGUUAAAAAAAAAAAAAAAAGGUUGAGUGCAGUGCUUCAUAUGACCCUUUUUUUAUUCCACCCAAGUUAUGUCUCUUUGGAAGAAACGCUAUUCAAAAGCCUCUUUUCAACUUAAACUAACCUUCAUGUUAAGAGUCCACUUGCAGUACAUACUAAAAGGGAAUUUGAAGAGCAUUGUAGCUUUAAACUACUUUGUAAAUAACAUGUACAAUAGUAAAAGAAUCUUUUCCAUGAGCAUUUUCUAUUUUCUAAAACGAAAUGUGCUUAUAAUGUACACUUGAAUGGAACUCACUGAAACCUUCUUGCCUUAAAGGGAAAUCAGAAGUAGUGACUGAGUCUUGUCUUUUGCUAAGGUCAAAGUAACAGUUACAAAAUGUAGUGUAAAAGGAAAAGGUAAAAGGAGUAGAAUGUUAACAUUUCAUUUUUCAGAGAAACAAGUGCACGUAUUUGCGUACAUCGCUUUGAAAUAGACUUGUGACUUUUGCUUCCUUUCACUGCCACAAAAAAAAAACAAAAAAGGGAGUACUCUACGUUGUUGGUAUGUGUGAUCGAGUCACGCGGGCUGGGGCACCAAAAAUCCGGGUAGUCAUGUGCUAAUCUGCUGCAGUAUAAAAUCGCUUCACUUGUUUGGGGGGCUGGCAAAAAGGAUCUCGGGAGCAGCCGGGCGCCACUCAAUCGGACGCAAUGUGGCGGUGCUGCUGUUUCCUGGUCGCGCUGGGCUCGCUUCUGGUGGGCGCCCAAUUCCCCAGAGAGUGCGUGACCCCUGAGGGACUCCGGAGCGCCCAGUGCUGCCCGUCCCCGCCGGGCCUCGAUGCCGACCCGUGCGGCUUCGCAGCGGGCCGCGGCCAGUGCGUGUCCGUCGCGGCGGACGCGCGCCCCCACGGCCCUCAGUACCCGCACGACGGGCGGGACGACCGCGAGCGUUGGCCGGUCCGCUUCUUCACCCGGGCGUGCCGCUGUAACGGUAAUUUCAGCGGCUACAACUGCGGACGAUGCAGACACGGCUGGACCGGGGUCAACUGUGACCUCAGAGCGUCUGUGGUGAGGAGAAACGUGAUGCAGCUCAGUGCCGCGGAGAAGCGAGGCUUUGUCAACGCGCUGGACCAGGCCAAGCGCACAGUGCACCCAGACCUGGUGAUCGCCACCCGGCGCUACGCCGAGAUCCUCGACCCCGACAGCAACAGCACACGCUUUGAGAACAUCACCAUCUACAACUACUUUGUGUGGAGCCAUUACUACUCCGUCGGCAAGACCUUCCUGGGCGCUGGCCAGCCCAGUUUCGGAGGGGUGGAUUUCUCCCAUGAGGGUCCCGGGUUUGUCACUUGGCAUCGCUACCACCUGCUCCAACUGGAGCGAGAUAUGCAAGACAUGCUGCAAGAGCCUACGUUCGCCCUGCCCUACUGGAACUUUGCCAUCGGUGGCAGCACGUGCGACAUCUGCACGGACGACCUGAUGGGAGCCCGGAGCAGCUUUGACGCCGACUCGCUCAGCUCCAACUCCAUCUUCUCCCAGUGGAGGGUCAUCUGCGAGAGCGUGGCCGACUACGACACGCUGGGAACCAUCUGCAACAACACCGAGACGUCUCCGAUAAGAAGGAACCCGGCGGGCAACGUCAACAGGCCGAUGGUCCAGCGUCUCCCAGAACCUCAGGACGUGGCCGACUGUCUGCAAGUCAGCACUUUUGAUACGGCGCCGUUCUAUUCCACCUCCUCAGAAAGCUUUAGAAACACCAUUGAAGGCUAUAGCGCCCCCAAGGGGAACUACGACCCCGCAGUCAGGAGUCUCCAUAACCUUGCCCACCUCUUCCUCAACGGCACCGGGGGCCAAACCCACCUUUCACCCAACGACCCCAUCUUCGUUUUGCUCCACACCUACACCGAUGCCAUCUUCGAUGAGUGGCUGCGGAGACACACCCCAGGGUCAGCUGUGUAUCCUGACCAAAAUGCCCCGAUUGGUCACAAUCGGGAUUACAACAUGGUUCCAUUUUGGCCACCUGUGACCAACGCUGAAAUGUUUGUGACCGCCCCCGAAAACCUCGGGUACUCUUACGAAGCCCAAUGGCCAGGUCAACCUUUCACACUGACUGAAAUGAUCACAAUGGGCAUCAUCGUUGCCCUGGUGGUCGUCGGUGCCGUCUUCGUGGCCACCACCUGUGCUGUGCGCGCCAGGUCCCGCAAGAUGGAGGGAUUCCAGCCGCUGCUCGGGGAUCAGUACCAACGAUACGACGACGUCAAAAGCCAGUCGGUUGUCUGAGCUCACCCGCGUGCCUCCAUUGUAAUCUGAUUUUAGCUUUAAAACCACCUCUCGAUUCAGAAUGCAGCAGGCUCAUUCGGCCUUUGCAGAACCAAAGUUACAACAUUAUGGCAUUCCCAUGAAUUCAAGAUUACUGUUAUCUUAGAAUAACAAGACUUGAGUAAAAAUAAAAAAAGAGCCCUCCAAAUAAUUACUUGAGUAAUGUUACCUUUAAAACAAACUACUCAAGUAAUGAGUAGCUGGUAACGUUUUUAGUUUUUCCUCAUUCAGCCAAGUAGACAAAAAUAGCAAAAGGAAUGUGCAAAGGUUUAGAUGAUUGCUUUAAUAAAUAUUUAUAAAAUCACCAAAAUUAAGGCAGAUAAAUAUUUAUAUAAUAACCAAAAGUAAGGCAACAUUUGUCAUGUUAGGUGAUGAACCAGCAUUUUUUUAAAAGUUUAGCUAAGUCGAAAUGAAUUGAAUGCGUAGAUAGUUUUUUUUAAUAACAAACAUAUGCAGAUUUAAUUUUGCGUGGCAAACUGGCGACAAAUUUAUCAAACCUUGGUAAUGGCGCUUUUCAGCCCGCAGGGGCCGCCAUAGCCCCGCAAGUACAACUUAUAAAGACCAACAUAAAAAGGAGAUGCGUUCAAUGACCCUGAUAAAUGCAAACUAAAUUAUUGUGGGCUGUUUUUGUAUGUUUUUAUAGCUCUGGAAUUCCCCCUAAAAUGUUUUCUAUCCCUCUCUCUUGCUGACUAAAUUACAUUUCAAAUACAACAAAUAAAAUGUGUUUUAAGAAGUU